AAAAUAUAGAAUAUCCUAAAGACAAAAAAGAUGAUCCAGAAAUGAAAAAUGGAGGAUUUCUUCCCUAUCUUCACUGCCAACAAACUCCCAAAAUUGAGCUCCAAAUCCUCCAAAAAUGUCGAUUCCGAUCAAUUCCCUUAAACCCCAAUUGCAAUCACUCGCCUUCCCCCCUCGCGCAAUCACACACAAACCCAUCACUCUAAAACCCCCAAUUCCGCUCCGCACCAAACCCUACCAAUGGCGCCCCGUGAAAUCCUGCUUCUCGAGCCACGAAAUCGACAUGGUGAAGACCAAGGACGGAUUCUACGCCGCCAAGGCGAAGAAAGUCGUCAUCUUGUGGGACCUCGACAACAAGCCGCCGCGCGGCCCUCCGUUCGAGGCGGCGCAGGCCCUGAAAUCCAUGGCGAAGAAAUUCGGCGACGUGAUCGACAUCGCCGCCUACGCCAACCGCCACGCCUUCAUCCACCUCCCCCAGUGGGUCGUCGAGGGCCGCCGCGAGGAGCGCCGCCUCGACGCCUUAGAGCGGAAGGGGCUGUCGACGCCGGCGGAGCCCUACAUUUGCUCCGUCUGCGGCAGGAAAUGCAAGACCAACUUGGAUUUGAAGAAGCAUUUCCGGCAGCUCCACGAGAGGGAGAGGCAGAAGAAGAUGAAUCGGAUGCGGAGCUUGAAGGGGAAGAAGCGGAGAAAUUUCAAGGAGAGGUUUAUCGACGGGAACGAGAAGUACAACGAGGCCGCGAGGCGUUUGGUGACUCCCAAAGUCGGGUAUGGGCUGGCGCAGGAGCUGAGGCGGGCCGGGGUGUAUGUGAAGACGGUGCAGGAUAAGCCUCAGGCGGCCGAUUGGGCGCUGAAGAGGCAGAUGAUGCAUUCGAUGAGUAGAGGGGUGGAUUGGAUUGUGCUGGUGUCGGAUGAUUCGGACUUCUCGGAGAUGCUGAGGAAGGCGAGGGAGGCGAAUUUGGGGACCGUGGUGGUGGGGGAUCAGGAUAGGGCGCUGGGGAGGCAUGCUGAUGUUUGGGUGCAGUGGAAUAGGGUGGAGAAUGGGGAGAUUCAAGAGAGUGAUUUGGAGCUGAGGAAGAGGGAGUGGAGGGAGUGUGAUGAUGAUGGUGAUGAGAGGGGUGAGAGGUUUUCGGUUAGUGAGUUUGGUGGGGAUUUGGCUUCUGUGGAGCUCGGUUUGGAUGAGAUCAUUGGAGCUAUGGGUUUAAAUGGUGUUAGAGUUUCAUCGUUUUCGGAGGGGGAGGAGGAGGAGGAGGAUGGUGAUUAUGAUUUUGAUGAUGAGGGUGAUUACCUAUUGGAUAGUGAUGAUGAGGGGUUUCAAGAAGAAAAUGGUGUAUAUUUGUGAUUAGCAAAACCAGAGAAAAAAGAUUGUUUUUUUACACUAUUAGGUUACUUGGUUGAUUGUUGGGAGCACGAUUAGGUAUUGGGGUCUAAUUGAUCGUUCUUUGGGGUAGCUUGCUGGAUUUUGAAAUCUUGUUUCACUGCGAGUGUUUUUGGAAGAAGAAUCAAUGCAACUUGAAGAAAAAGUAGGGUGAAUCAGCAUUUUCUCGUUCAUAUUAGUAUGAAUAGUUGGGAUGGAGUCACACUAUCUCAUGUUAUGCUUUUGUGGAGACAUGCAAGCAAUAGCAAAGGAAUCUCGGGGAGUUUGGUUUGAUAGCUGCAAGAUCAUAUGCACCCUUUCUGUUUUCUGAGAUCAAUUGUACAAGUUGUGGCACCUCUGUUUUUAGUUUCAAGAACAUAUGGCUAAGGUUGAGUGUGGUUUUUUACAAGAUUUAUUACACUUACAGUUAAUCAAAGGCGUUCGGUUUGAUGGA